AAAUAAUUGGUUAGUAACCCGACCACAUUCAAAUAAAACUUCACAGAAUUUGAUAGUGGCUCUCAAUUUGUCUAGAAAAGAAAUAAAAAUGUAUCGUCAACAAAUAAAGUUAAAAAUGAAUUUAACAAUGUGAGCAAAAUGUAAAAAGCUUACUUUCUGGUUACACAACGAUUUGAUUUCAAAGCUAUUAUAUUAUUACUGUUAGUUUUGAAACAUUAAAUUAGCCAGAUACCUGUAGGAAGCAAUUUAAUUUGCAUUAUCUAUCCACAAUGAAAAUUUAUGAAUGAGGUGAUUUUGUUUAACGCAAUAUAUUGUGGUGAUAUAACUUUGUUCAGGUCUGAGUGGCUCAGUUGAAUGUUUUGCGACAUAAAUAAACUUUUGCGUUGUUAUUUUUUGUGUAGGUAAUUAGAAGAAUGACAGGCACAGGCAGAAAUUUAAUUAUAUAACGGGGUAAGUUUAAACUAUAAGGCUCAUUAAAGAUAAGGGACGUAAAUAAUCUGAAUUAAAAUGGAUUGCUCGGCGGCGCCGGCGGUUUGUUGCGCACGCGCUUCUGGUAGUUCAAUAAAAGCGCGCGGAGGGCGCCGCGCCGCACAGUGCCUUUCUCACUGUCAACGACACAGUGCACCAAUCAUGUGGAGAAAGGCGUUAAGUGCUGCGGUUUGUUGGCUUACGUUAAGUGUUAAUUUUGGAGAAGCAGAAAAGAAUGUGAUAAGUUCAAUGAUAGUUGACAAUGAUAGUGCUGAAAGUGCCCCGCGGCUGUACCGGAGUGUGCCAGUCGGCGUGUAUGCGAGCAGGUCUCCCUAUGCUGCGUACUCCUUCCAAAUACCGGCAUUUAUAUCAGCGCCAAAAACUUCUGCAUCUAGAAUUGUACCAGUGAGACAACAGAUAAAUGCCUUUCAUCAAAAUAAUGGAUAUUUACGGGACUCAUAUGGGAACAGAUUUUCGGAUACCCCGCAGAUAGCUUCGUACAAAACGGCUUUUCCACAACAAUAUGUGCCACUCCAAGAACUUCCAGCACAUCUUGCCCAGCCUCUGUUAGCAGCAUCGCAAAACAAAGAAACGGCGCCUCAUUACUUUGUGGGAUCACAAUAUAGGGUGCCUAGUUUUCAAGAAGCAUCAAAUAACCCUGGCUCUGGUUAUAGCAGUUUCCCACAAUCAUAUGCUUAUUCACAAGAGAUUAGAAGUUUGGCGCCGUCAGCUCAACAAUCUAAUGGAGUAACAACAAAUCAACAGCAACCCGGUAACAAACUUUUCACCAAUGUUCAAGCUGUGGAACAAUUUAAAGAACUGAAGAAUGAACCUAAAUUAGAACGUUUUGAAUACAGGCCAGAAGAGGCUUACAGAAGCGAGGAAAAAAGUGAUCCAACCGUACAAAAGGCUAACAUUCAAGAAUCUGAUAAGGGGGAAAAUGAAGCAGCUGCUGCUAUAACACCUGUGACAGCUAUUGUCAACGGAAAGAAAACGGUUAUUAACAUUGAAACAAAACCUCCUAUUCCCUUGUUGGAUCUCAGUCUUUUAGAGCCUAUUACGUUCGAUAAUCCUAUUGUGCCACAAUUACAACAUUUCUUACCACGUAUACAUGAUGCUAAAUAUCAAUCAUUACCUGAAUUUAAUGAAGCCAAGAAACCGAAAAAAGCAAAGAGUGCCUCAAAAAAGAAACCAAAACAGCAAUCAUCUCAUCAUCAUAAACAGGCUCCUGUCACACCAGUUGUGACGAUUACAGGGACUGAAGAUGAAAGCCCGGAGCUUACAUAUGAGAUAAAUACCCCUAAUCACAAGGAAACAUAUAAAGAAAAAACCAUAAGUUAUAAUAGAAAAGUUGAAGCAGAACCAGAAACGUUUAGUUACAAUGAGAAAACCGAAGCUAAACCAGUGCAUUACAGCUACCAUAAUUCUGAGCAGAAAGAACCAGUGAGUUAUAAUAUAGUUUACAGUUCUAACAAAAAACCAGAACAACUCACGCAAGUCAACCAUCCAGCAAAUGAAGAGCAACCUCGACAACUUAUAUAUAAAUUUAACGCUGAUGAAGCCGUAGAACCGAAUAAUGAUGAGGAAUCCGACACACCGGGAUCAGCGGAAGAUUCUGGCUCUUCUGAAGUAAAUGUAGAAAAUGAGCCCAUUCGCCAUCUUAAUCAUCACAAUCAAGAAAGACGUCCUGAAGCUCCAGUAAAUUAUCAACAUCACAACGACGGUCAUAAUAAUAAUCAUCAUAAUACCCGUCCUCAAGAUCGGCACCACAGUGGUCACCAUAACAACGAUAAUCAUCGUAAUGAUCGCCAUCACGACGAUCGCCAUCACGACGAUCGCCAUCACGAUGAUCGACGUCACAAUGACCACCAUCACGAAGAUCGCCAUCAUGAUGAUCGCCAUCACGAUGAUCGCCAUCGUGAUGAUCGCCAUCAAAAUGAUCGCCAUCAAGAUGAUCGCCAUCAUGAUAAUCGCCAUCAUGAUGAUCGUAAUCACGAUGAUCGUCGUCAUGAUGAUCUUUCUCACAAUAAUCAUCAUCAUAAUAACCAUCCACACAAUAACCGUCCACAUAACGAGCAUGAUCAUAGAAACGAUGAUAGGCCGGAACAUAGGCAAAAACAAUAUUACCAGAAAGCUCCUGAGGGACAUGACUCACCAAAUAAACAAUAUCGCUCACAGGAAGAAGACCAUCAUAAAACUAGUCAAGAAUAUCAUCCCAACUCAAAUCCAGGACAUCAACACAGAGAACAUAACCAGAAUAAAAAAUAUAAUCAACAACCAAAUGAUGAUAGUCAUCACAGACAGAAUAAAGAAUAUAAAAAACCAAGCCCCGAAAAUCACCAAAGAUCGAAUCAAGAAUACCAACGCAGACCAUACGAUCAAGGCAGCCAUGAAGUAGAUCAACCGAGGGAACACGAGAAACCAGCACCUAUCAGUGCUCCUAUUCAGCAUAGUGAAAUCUUGACCCAUCCCCAAGAACACGAAGAGGAUAUUCGUCUAUUACCUCCGCAGCAUAACGCUCCCAUAAGGGUAGACCCAAAUCAACACGUACAAGAGCCAAAGCCUGAACCAGAAAGUCAAGAAGAAGCGGAACCAUUGUAUAACUCUGGUGCUCCUAUAAUUCAGGAACAAGGCAAACGUAUUAUAAUACAAGAAGAAAGUCCCGAAGAAUUACACAUGCAUCAAGAACAAAUUACAGCUGAAGUGGUCGACCAAGAAGACAAUAACGAAGAUGAUUUUGAGAACGCAUAUAAAAAUGCAGCAUAUGGCUUCCCAGCUUUUGAAAAAAAAGCAGAAAAUAUUGAAAAGGACAUAUAUGAUCCAAAAUCUUACGGCCUUAGUCGCAUAAACGAUGAGUACAAUUCUGAGAAGUCCCCCUUCCAACAAUACGUAGCGGAAGGUGAUACUUUCCCAAGAUCUGCUCGUUUGAAUUACAAUAAAGCCAAAGAGGAUACCGAGGAAACGUAUCUCUUAGAUUAUUCCGCAAGUAAACCACAAAGUGUUGCUGAUCGUUACAGAAACAAAGCUAAUUACUAUAAACUCUACGAACAAUAUAAACCAGAGAAAUAUUUUGCAGCCAACAACGAUAACAAGAAAGAAAAGCAACGGGAAAGAUACACAGCUGCUCCAUCGUAUAAUUUCGAACGCAAUCCCAAACCUAAGAAUAAUGGAUAUUUUGCUCAGUACAAAGCUGAACCCGUUAAAUACGAAUAUGAUUACUCUAAAGGAACGCCUCGCGACAACUCCGCUCAUGCUUCAAAUCCGUACAAAAGGCUUAAAAGUAAAACUUUAUUCGUAGAACCGCAAUUCCAAUACGGGUUCGAUCCGAUUAACCUGCCGCGAUUGCUCGAUAGCGAACUAGCUGCGAUGGCAAGUAAUCAUAGUCCCGAAAGUGAAAAGCCCGGUAUGAGAAAGAAAAUUUAUGAGGAAAAUUGGUAUAUUAAAAAAACAAGUACAGCCGCCGGCAAACCUAGCUGAUAGUAUAUUUAUUUUAUAAAUUAGUUGAUAAGUUUUUAUAGUCUUUUGAUACUAAAUAAAAUUUAUAAAAAAU